GGUUGAACCACAGGCUGAACCACAGGCUGAACCUGAGGCUGAACCACAGGCUGAACCACAGGCUGAACCACAGGCUGAACCACAGGCUGAACCACAGGCUGAACCACAGGCAGAACCACAGGCUGAACCUGAGGCUGAACCUGAGGCUGAACCUGAGGCUGAACCUGAGGCUGAACCUGAGGCUGAACCACAGGCUGAACCACAGGCUUGCAAAGGUGAGACUAUUGGUAUGAUUUAGGCUGCUUCAGAAAUUGGGUUGUAGACCUUUGAUAAACCAAUGAACGAUUUGCACAGGUGUGACAGCAGUAGCAAAAGUGCUUGAAGGUUCUCCACCUCUGGUUGUAAUGGAUAAUGUAGAUCCUAUCUGCAUGAAACCAGAUUCACCCAUGAUCCAACAAACAGUCACCACUGAAACCACUACACUUGCUAGUUCAUUGGUGCUCUCGGAUGUCAUGGAGGAAUCUGAGAAAUCUAUGCUGCCAACCUUACUCAAAGAACCUGCACUGGAUUCCUCUGAAAUCACAGCGCAAUCGAAGCUGACACCAACAGGAAGCGGUUUGGGAUCACAGAUGUCUCUGCAGGCAACUCCAGCAGUGGCAGGGGAAUUGCAGACGUCUCUGGCAGGGCCUUCGCAAACUUUGGAGACAUUGCAUGAUUCAUCAGAAAGUAAAGAGGAUACACAGGAAUCUGCCAUGGUGAGUUCAGAAAUAAAAUUGAGACUGCAAGGCUCUGCAGAGGUCAAGGAGGACUCUCAGGAAGAGGUGUCUGUUCAAUCCAGCAGUGCCUCCAUUUCGUCUGAACAUGGCAUCAGACCACCAAGGAGAAGCAAAUUCCUGAAGCCUAAACCUAACCUGAAUCAGAAAUCAAGAGCCCCAGUUCUCCAAAACCAAAGACAAGACCUCGAAACAGCCAGUACUCUAAAACCCAAGAGCAGCAAGCCUACGGUCUCAACUGAGAAGCUACAUGAUAGUCCUGCUACAGACCAGCAUGGUGCAUUAGAAGACUUCAUUAAGGAGAACCUCACCAAAGAAGAGGAGACAUCUCGGUCAAAUGCAGUGAAUCAAAUGGAAUCUGAAUCAACAAAAGAUCUCGGUGAUCCAUCUACAGUACCAGUUCAGGAGAACAUCACUACAGUAACUCUGAGUGCAGUCAGUGCUGAUGAGCCUCAGGUGGCUUCAGAAUGUAGUAGCAGCAGAUGUGAUGUUGACAUGAUACCACCUUGUACUUCAUUCACUUCACCACAGCCUUCACAGACCGGAGAAGAUACAGGCGCAGGGCCGAUGAUCGUUCUUUCUGAGGAUGCCUGUGCCCCUGCAGAAAUUGUCCACUUACGCGAAGAUGGUCACAGUGAUGAAGAGCCCACCUUUAUCUUGACUUUCUAUGAGAUUCCCGUCACUCAGGCCUACCUUCCGUCAUCCAGUAACGACUCUGCGAUGAUCUCUGACCUUCCCACCGUUGAAACCCAGGUUUCUCUGGGGUUUUCAGACCAGGCACAUCCUUUACCAUCUACAUCAGAGUCGUCCAGCAUCACAGCAGUACCUCAAGACCCAGAGGACACUGAGCAGUGUGAGAGGGUUUCUCAUAUGGUGAUGGCUGAUGUCUUUGUUCCUGUCUCAGAGGAGAUGGGAGACGAUUCAAGCCAGGACAGUAUGAUGGCUGUAGAACUCAAGCUUCACAGCAAGGAAGCCUCAACAGUUAGUCUUCCAGAGAGACGAGAUACUCCUUAUGAAGAGCUAACACAGGUACUUUUUGUUUUCUGAUAAUAAGAUGAAACAUGAUGUUUGUUUUUGUCUCAUUUU